GGUUGGAGAGAACUGCAAAGAAAACUACAUUCAAGGAACUUUAAGUUCAUGAUGGAGAGUUUGCAUCAGGAACUAAUUGAAUGGGACUUCAAAUACUGGUUGAUAAAAUAGCCACAAAAUGGCAUAUAGAAGAGAUGAAAUGUGGUCUGAAGGACGAUAUGAGUAUGAAAGACUUCCAAGAGAACGACUCCCACCAAGAAUUCAUUCUGACGAUGACUACCAUAGAGUAGUUAAUGUUGCACCCAAGAAACCACCACUACUAGAUAGACCUGCAGAAGGAAGUUACAGUAGAUAUGAUGAUUAUAGCCAUGUUGACUACAGAGACUAUGAGGAGGGCCGCAGUUUUGCCCAUGAACGAAGAAGUGGCCCACCACAUAGAGGGGAGGACCCAGGAUACAGAUGGCCAAGGGAAGACUAUUCCAUAAGUCGACAGCCCGAGUACAGGGACAUCAGAGAUGGCUUAAGAAGAAAAAGCUUCUAUCCUUCUCAUUAUUUGAGAGAGAGAUCCCCUCAUAAGAGGGACUCUCCUUUCUUCAGGGAAUCGCCUGUGAGCCGAAGGGAUUCUCCACACAGCAGAUCCGGCUCCAGUGUCAGCAGUAGGAGCUACUCCCCUGAAAGAAGCAAAGCCUAUUCUUUCCACCAGUCCCAGCAUAGCAGAAGUAUGUCAUCUUUACAUAAAAGAAAUAUUUCUCAGCAAGGUAAAGAGAGACCUUCUGCUCAGUCACUGAAAACGUCAAGAGAUACAUCCCCAUCAGGUUCCACAGCAGUACCCUCUUCAAAGGUCUUGGAUAAAAGCAGCAGGCUGUCUGAAAAGGAACUUGCAGAGGCUGCAAGCAAAUGGGCAGCUGAAAAAUCAGAGAAGGCUGAUGAAAGCAAUUUACCUGAAAUUACUGAAUAUGAUGCGGGGUCCUCAGCUCCAUUAUAUGUUGAACGGACAGAAGAAACAGAGACAAAUAUAACAGAUAGUACAGAAUUGUAUGAAGACAACCAGCUUCUUGGCCGCUCAAAAGCAAUUGCAACAAAAACCAAAGAGAUUGAACAGGUUUACAGACAAGACUGUGAAACCUUUGGCAUGGUAGUGAAGAUGCUGAUUGAUAAAGAUCCUUCAUUAGAAAAGUCCAUUCAGUUUGCCCUGAGACAAAAUUUGCAUGAGAUAGGUGAGCGAUGCAUUGAAGAACUUAAACAUUUCAUUGCUGAAUAUGAUGCUGCCAAUCAAGAGUUAGCAGAGUCCUUUAAAGAGGGUGCAUAUUAAGAACAAAAAUAUGCUUUUAGAUUUUCCAUAUUGUAUAUGCCGUUAAUAUAUAAAUAUGCUUUUUGUGGAGAAGAGGAAUACUUGCUGGAGAUUUGAACCCAAGGCCCAUGUUCCUUCGUAGUAGCUGACUAUAGAUUGUUCAUUGCCCAGGUCAUUUAAUUGUGUUCUUCUAGUGUGUAUUUGUUUUGUGACAUUUAUUCCUUUGAAAAGGAUACAUGUUUCAAUAAUGAUGUAAAGUGACAAACUACUUUUGAAAGCCUUUACACAAUUACCUAGAAAAAAAGAUUUGCUCCAUGUAUGUAUACUUUUGUUUCAAUGUUUAGAAGUGUAAGUAAGCACUGUAUUUUUAUUAAAAUAACAAGAAGCAGUUCUUCAUUCCUCAGCUUAUAUUCAAAAACAUGGAUGUUCUCUUGUUUAUACAUGCUAUAGAAAAACUUGCAAGGUUGUUCAUGACCAUAGUUUACUUUUAUCAUUUAUUUUUGGCAUGUGGUUUUAAAGUUCAGGUCCAUUCUGAAAAAUGACAUCUGGGGAUUCCUUAUUUGACUCAGUGACUACCAGAACAAUUUGCUCACUUGACAAGGGAAGUGAUGUCUUUUCUCAUUUUAGCCCUUCAAACUCUACUUAAUAUCCUAAAGACAAGCUGGGUUGUUUUCUUCUUAUGUAUCAUCAGUAUCAAACUGGUUUGGUAGGCUGAAUUCGGCUUUCAGUUACAUCUGUGCAGCUGAGGGCAGAAUUUUCCCUGUGGUUUAAACUUAGUUAAC